UGUGAAAAAUAAUUUGGCACUAGAGAAGUUGAACUUAGCAGCUUACCCACAGGAAGAGAAAGCAGAGGAAAACAGAGAGAGAGAUGGACAAAAUGAAGAUAGAAGAGGUCCAGUCCACUGCAAAAAAGCAGAGAAUCGCCACUCACACUCAUAUCAAAGGCCUUGGCCUUGAGCCCAGUGGAAAAGCCAUACCACUGGCUGCUGGUUUUGUGGGUCAGAUGGAGGCAAGAGAAGCAGCUGGUCUUGUAGUUGAUAUGAUAAAGCAGAAGAAGAUGGCUGGCCGUGCUCUUCUCCUGGCUGGGCCUCCUGGUACUGGGAAGACAGCUUUGGCCCUUGGAAUAUCCCAGGAGCUUGGGAACAAGGUUCCAUUCUGUCCAAUGGUUGGAUCAGAAGUAUACUCAUCUGAAGUGAAGAAAACUGAGGUUUUAAUGGAAAAUUUCCGAAGGGCUAUUGGUCUACGUAUCAAGGAAAUUAAAGAGGUCUAUGAAGGAGAGGUGACUGAACUUUCGCCAGAAGAAACUGAAAGUGUUACAGGUGGUUAUGGUAAAAGCAUUAGUCAUGUAAUUAUUGGACUGAAAACUGUCAAAGGAACCAAGCAACUAAAGUUGGACCCUACUAUCUAUGAUUCCUUAAUUAAAGAGAAGGUAGCUGUUGGAGAUGUUAUAUACAUUGAAGCGAAUAGUGGAGCAGUCAAAAGGGUGGGUAGAAGCGAUGCUUUUGCUACAGAGUUUGACCUUGAAGCAGAAGAAUAUGUUCCUCUUCCUAAGGGCGAGGUUCACAAAAAGAAGGAGAUAGUUCAGGAUGUAACUCUACAUGAUCUAGAUGCUGCAAAUGCAAGACCUCAAGGUGGGCAAGAUAUCUUGUCAUUAAUGGGUCAAAUGAUGAAGCCCAGAAAAACAGAAAUCACUGACAAGCUGCGACAGGAAAUAAAUAAGGUUGUUAAUCGAUAUAUUGAUGAAGGUGUUGCAGAACUUGUCCCUGGUGUUCUAUUCAUUGAUGAGGUACAUAUGCUGGAUAUGGAGUGCUUUUCUUACUUGAAUCGUGCUUUGGAGAGCUCACUGUCUCCAAUAGUAAUAUUUGCUACAAAUAGGGGAAUAUGCAAUGUAAGAGGGACAGAUAUGAAUAGUCCUCAUGGAAUACCUGUUGACUUGUUGGACCGCUUGGUGAUUAUCCGAACACAAAUUUAUGGUCCUGCGGAAAUGAUACAGAUUUUAGCAAUUCGUGCACAGGUAGAGGAACUGAUUGUAGAUGAGGAAAGUUUGGCAUUUCUCGGAGAGAUUGGUCAACGCUCAUCUUUGAGGCAUGCAGUUCAGCUGUUAUCGCCUGCCAGCAUUGAGGCGAAAAUGAAUGGCCGAGACAACAUUUGCAAGGCGGAUCUUGAGGAAGUGAGUGCAUUGUAUUUGGAUGCUAAGUCUUCAGCGAAGCUACUUCAGGAGCAGCAAGAAAAGUACAUUUCAUGAUAGCAUUGGCUGAUUUUUCUGGAUGUUUUGUGGAUGGACGGAGGCAGUUGUGGAGGCAAAUGAAUUACAUUAGAAACAGUUCAAGAGGUGGAUAUGCUGCAUAGGAGGUUUGUUCUGGGCCAUUAAUCUUACCUAGUUUUAGAAUUAGAAAAGCUCCAAGUCAAAGGAGUUUGUCACAUUCCAUUGGAUGGUUUGGUGUGGAUAAAAUAUAAGUUGCUCAAUUUUGUUAACAAACUGUGUGAAUUGUCCACAGAAUAACUUAAAUUAUUCCAGGUCAAGUGGAAUGCAAUUUAUCUUUUUAUUUCAAA